AAUGGAUCACCCUGUUAAACCAAUUAUGAUAAACCUCCUCAGCGUGAAGGAAGAGAAUGAGGACCAAAAGAAUGUCGCUUUUGAUACAUACCAGGCAGUAGAACUUCCCAAGAAGAAACCUAGGGAAAGCUCAUUAAACAAUAGUCCUACAGAUAAGAUUAUUAGCCCUGAUAGAUCCCAGAGGAACCCUAGUGUCAGAAAGAAGCGCUUACAGAAUAGUGGAUAUUUGGCCAGAAAGAUCAAAACAGCUAAUGCGAACCUCAAAGUACCAAAAGACGGAAGAAGUGGAACAAUGCAUACAAAAUAACAAUUUACAAAAUAAAAUCCAAGGAAAAGCCUUCAGUCCUAAAGGCCCCCUCGGCUCAGCAAGGAUUGGAGACCCCUCUAAUGAUUUCUCUAGUGCUACCAACCAAGCUAAAACCAAAAGAUCUAAACUGUUCAAUGGCGUUUUGAAUCCUGAGAAAGAACAAAAGAUUAAUUUAGAGAACAAAAUAAAGUUUUAUUAUGGAGAUUAUAACAAAGAAAUUCUAAUGAAUGAUCAUAUGAACUUUGAUGAGACGGAUCAAAUUGAAAAGGAAGUACCUCAGUGCAAAUGGAAGAUCUUUACUGACCUAAUAUGUGGUACCUCCAAAACUGGGAAUUUCAACAAGCUGAUGAACUUCAAUCAGUUCAGAGAAAUACUAAAGAAAAUAAAUCAGAGGAUUUUUACAGACCCAAAGCUGAUUGCUAAACUGGUCUUCAGGGAUAAAUAAGGGAGUCAAGAGCAAAGGAAUCCUAAAGAUGAAAAACAUGCUGAAAGAUAUGACACAGAGGAAGAAAGAUAAAUCUCAAAAUAGUUCUAGCAUCAGGCUCAAGAAAGUUAACAAGAAGUUAAAAAGUCCGACUCACGGUAUGAUUCCGUCCAUUUCCUUACUCUCAAAAUCUGAGAAAGGCACAGAUGAGAAUAAGAGACUUCUUGUGGAAGGAAGGGUUAAACUCCAUUUGAACAAAGAUAUUUCGAAUCAAACUGGCUCCUUAACAAUGAAGAACAGAAAGGAUAAGAAAAAUAAGCACUUUAAGAUCAAGGCCAAAGUUAAACAGAAUAAAGGCAGAGAUUCCUUCACAACUGUGAUGGAACAAAUUUCUAAGAGAUCUUCCUCUCCAAGAAUAUCUCGAGUCAAGAGAUUAUCGCAGAUGCCGAACGAUGAGACUAAAAGACUUCAGGAAAGCAAUGGCCAGCGUAGAAGGAAAACUCAGGUGCUUACUUGCCAUAGUGGAAUUAUUAGGCCCCUUAAGUCUCCGAAGAAGAUUUCAAGAGGGAAGAUCCUCAGUGCGGAUCGAAAGUUAUCCAAAGAAAGAGCUGAGCAGAAGAGGAGAUAUCUCACGUAUUACAAUAAGCGUUACAGGCCUUCUACUGCUAGGCAGACAAGGAAUUUCAGAAAGCAGAUGAAUCAAACUCAAGAAUCUAAUGAAUUUAUGAACUUGCUGAAGCAACUGAAGCAUUUCCAAGAAAGCAUUGAAAAGUCAGAGAUUCUUGACAAAAACCUUGAAUCUGAAGAACUGAGAGGGAGACUCAAAAAGUUGCAACCAAAUAAAGAACCCUCUAAUACAUCUUUACUGUUCUACCCCACAAAAGACUUGGCUCAGCCCUGAGGAGAAGAUCUUCAGGAGUCUAGGAACAUUUCUCCCAAAGAUAGGAGUUAUAAUGAGUCAUUGAUAAGCCAAAUAAAGAGAGCAUAUAAGCCAAUAGAACAAAAAUACGUAAAUUCUUCAUGCUAGCAGUAUUAAUUUGGCCAA